AUGGACAAAGUCUCCCCAAAAAUUCUAUCCGUCUCCUGGGGCCACCUUGAGGUCGAUGGUCUGGGUACCGGGAAGGACUUCAGGCUCUUCCCCGGCGGUGGUCGCGCUUGGGACUGGAGCGAGACAGGCACGCGGCAUAAGCCUGGCAUCCAACCUGCUGACGUCGAGGAGCUCAUAUCUCACGGUGCAACUACUGUGGUCCUCUCGCAGGGGAUGGACAUGAAAUUGCAUGUGGACCAGGCCACUUUGAAAUUCCUCCAAAACAGGGGAAUCACGACUCACGUCGCGGAGACCCGCCAGGCUGUCACAAUUUACAACACGCUGGCUGAGAAUACUCCUGUUGGUGGCCUCUUCCAUUCUACCUGCUAG